AUGCAAGUCCUCCUUCCGACGCUCACCAGCGCCCGGGUCGUGGCCAGCUGCUGCCUGCCGGACGGGGAGCUGCCGCACGUGGAGCUGCGUUUGAACGACUUCCUCGACGACUUCUCGGCCGACUGCACCAUCGCCGACGCCUACACGCGGACGCACAGCGUCCGAUUCAUGCAGUACGUCGCGGCACGAGAAGACCCCGGCGACAUGAACCCCUUCUACCGCCACUGGCUGUUCAACAAAACCACGGAGAUGGCUGCGGCUCGAGGUGACCUGGAGUCGCUGCAGUGGCUCGUGGAGGGUUAUUUGCCAGACGAGUUCCUGACCAAGGCAGUAGCUGCAGCCGCUGCGAAUGGACACCUGCCAGUACUGGAAUGGCUUUAUAAGGCCCACCACGACAGAGGAUAUUGGGGCAACACGGAGAUGUGCGGCGCGUUGGCGAAUAACCACGCGAAUGUGGUCGAGUGGCUGCGGACACACGCAGUUCCAAGAGCGGAGUGCAUGACGAAGGUGAUGGAUGCGGCGGCUGGAGCUGGAUACUUGAGCAUUGUGCAGUGGCUGCACGACGAGCACAAGGUUAGCGUGCGCAGUGCGCUGGCCAACGCCAUGAGCAACCGGCAGUGGGAAACGAGUCAGUGGAUCCUCGAGCACGGUGAGCUGGUGAUGCCGUGGAUCAACUGGGACCAACCAGCGAAAGACGGUGCGCUGUCGUUUCUCAAGUUCCUGCACGCUCACUCCAUCGGCAGUCCGGGGUAUUUCACGCUUCAGGCUGCGGCUUGGAAUGGUCACUUGGACAUUGUGAAGUGGCUGCACGAUGAGCUCGGAGCGAAUUUGACCGCGGACGCGAUGCGGAAGGCGGCUCAGAAUGGGCAUCUGGAUGUAGUGCAGUGGUUCCACGAGAACGGGUGUGACGGGUGUGACGCUGCGACGAUGAUCACCGCAGCGGACCAUGGCCAUUUGGAGCUAGUGAAUGGUCAUCUGGAUGUCCUGAAGUGGCUCCACGAGCGUCGAACAGACCGCUGCUUUGGAGUCUGGUUGGAUGACGCUGCUUCCAACGGACGACUUGAUAUCGUUCAGUACUUACACGAACACUUAAACGCCAACUGCACAACGUCUGCGAUGGACGGCGCAGCUCGCGAAGGCCACCUCGAAGUGGUGCAGUGGCUCCAUCGGCACCGUAGCGUUGGCUGCACGACGUCAGCAAUGGAUUGGGCCGCUCGCAACGGACACCUAGACGUUGUGAAGUGGCUCCAUGCAAACCAAACCGAGGGCUGUACGACGUGGGCGAUGGAUUGGGCGGCGUUAGGCGGUCACCUCGACGUCGUGCAAUGGCUCCACGAGAAUCGCACCGAGGGCUGCGUCAACAAAGCGAUGGACAAUGCAGCCAAGAACGGACACUUGCACGUUGUCAAGUGGCUGCAUGUAAACCGUUCGGAAGGCUGCAGCGUCAAUGCCGUCGACGAAGCCGCGGCAAACGGCCACCUGCACGUGGUGCGGUGGCUUCUGCAGAACCGGCGUGAAGGCUGCACGGCCAUCGCCAUGACCCGAGCUCUUAUGCGAGCCCACUUUGGCGUAGUGCUGUUCCUCCACGCCAACCGUCUCGAGGACUUUUCGUUCCUGGGCACAACAUUCGUGCGGCAUUCGUGCAUCGAGCUGGCGCAGUGGCUGCUGUGCCACUACGCGGACAAGCUCGACGGCUGCGAGUUCGAGGUGCCGACCUCUGACUGGCGAUUCAACGAGUGGUGCGAGAAGGUGAAGCUGCACCGCGCGCGCGAGUACGACACGUCCACGUGGUGGGUCUGCGAUUCGGCUGCUUUGCGUAUUUGA